AUGGAAGAAAAAGAUAUAAUUUCUUGGAAUUCGAUAAUCUCAGGUUAUGCACGUUAUGGAAAAUAUGAGGAAACCUCCUUUCUCUUUCGAGAGAUGUUGCUUUGUGGUUUUCGACCAAAUUAUGUUAUCAUAGCGAGCAUUCUUCCCUUGUGUGCUCGAGUAGCAAAUCUGCAACAUGGAAAAGAACUCCACUGCUUCAUUAUCAAGCAUCAAGAAUUCAGUGAAUAUUUGCUAUCAUGGAAUGCUUUAGUGGAGAUGUAUGCAAGAGCAGCAAAAAUUUCAGAGGCCCAAAAGGUGUUUAAUUUAUUGAGCAGGAAGGAUGUCAUCACAUAUACUUCUUUAAUAACUGGCUAUGGUGUUCUAGGAGAAGGUGAAGUUGCAUUUAAACUCUUUGAGGAGAUGAAUAGUUCUGGAAUCAAACCUGAUAUUAUUAAUAAUCUGGUCGCUGUUUUAUCAGCAUAUAGCCACUCAGGUCUUGUGAUUCAGGGUCAGUUGCUGUUUGAAAAAAUGUGGACUGUGUAUGGUAUAAGACCCUGUUUGGAGCACUAUGCAUGCAUGGUGGACUUUUUUGGUAGGUCUGGGUUGCUUAAGAAAGCUGAAGAGAUCAUUAGAAGGAUGUCUUAUGAACCAAGUGUCGAUAUAUGGGCUACCGUAAUCGGAGCAUGUCAAAUUCAUCGAAACAUAGAUUUAGGAGAGUGGGCAGCUGAGAAAUUGUUGGAAUUGAUGCCGAGAAAUCCAGGGUACUAUGUGUUGAUUGCUAAUAUGUACGCUGCUGCUGGUUGUUGGGACAAGCUGGCAAAAGUUCGGACAUUUAUGAGGGAAUUGGGGGUGCUAAAGCCCCCAGGUUGUGCUUGGGUUGACAUAGGAAGUGGUUUUGAACCAUUCUUGGUAGGGGAUCCAUCCAUGGAACUAUCAUAUGCGAUAUAUCCCACACUAGAAGGGUUGUUUGAGCAUAUGAAAGAUGCUGGAUAUAUCGAUGUGUUUGUUAUAGAUCAUGCGGAUUUCGUGGAGUAUGAUAAAAAUGUUACCAAAAGGUUGAACAAGUUGCUGAAGAGGCAUAUUCACUCAAAGAAUUUACACAAGUACUUUAUGGGAAACCGAAGGCGGAUGCAAGGGGCAAAAGAGAGGGAUGAAUUGCUGGGAGGAGCUGUAUGUCGCCAGAACCAUCUCGCCGCCUCCUUCCCAAGAUUCUCCGUCGAGUCGCCCCAAUUAUUUGUCCGCCAUCACUCAAGCCUCUCCGCCGCUCUCUCCUCUCCCGCCUUCAUUUGUCCGCCUGCAACAAAGCUGAAAUCGACUGGAUUUCAUGUCGCCUCCUCCAACCAUGGCAUAAUUUCUUCCUUAAUUCCGUUUACCACCUCCAGAAGUAGGGUUUUGUCCUCAAAUCCGCUCUUUGGAGUGCUGCGUGCCUGCGUCGGUGCUUCUACCACCAUCAUUGUUGCUUCACUCUCUGCCCUCGCUACUGCUUCUGCUUCUGCUUCUGCUUCUGCUAACGGUCCCCAUUUACAUCUUUAUAAUCAAUGUCGAACUACCAUCUGUACGGGGUGUCCUACCGGCACCACGUGGUACCGGCAGAACUCCCCGUAG